AUGUUACAGGCUUGGCUACAAGAUAAUAAUUCUACUAAUUGGUCGAUUGGAAUAAGCUUUGUACAGUACCAAAAAAACAGCUCUUUUCAUCGAACCAUAAAAAGAACACCAUACAAAGCUCUUUUUGAGGUGGAUCCUCAAAUUGGUUUGUUAUCACAAGUGCCUGCUGAUUUGCUUAAUAAACUAAGAACUGAAGAAGAUCCUGAGAAGAUAUUAAAUCAACAACAAUGUUGUUCAUCGGCAACACCUGCACAUAAUGACGAAUUACCUGUUGACUAUGUUAACUUACAGCAACCGUCCUGUUCAUGGGCGUCACAACCGUCAUAUGCAUCAGCAGCACCAGAGCCUAUUGAAACCUGUGACCGUGACUUGCCUGUCGAGUCUGUUAACUUGCAACAAUCGGCAUCGGAAUAA